AUGCGGAACGCGAGCGGCGGGCGGGCGGGGGCCAUGCCGGACGGGGCGGACCCGUGGGCCGAGUACCCCUUCUCGGCGCCGGUGCUGACCGGCAUCACGGUGACCUGCGUGCUGCUCUUCGUGGUGGGCAUCGGCGGCAACGUGCUGACCAUGCUGGUGGUGUCGCGCUGCCGGGCCAUGCGCACCACCACCAACCUCUACCUGUCCAGCAUGGCCUUCUCCGACCUGCUCAUCUUCCUGUGCAUGCCCCUCGACCUGCUGCGCCUCUGGCAGGCGCGGCCCUGGACCCUGGGCGACCUGCUGUGCAAGCUCUUCCAGUUCGUGAGCGAGAGCUGCACCUACUCCACCAUCCUCAACAUCACGGCGCUCAGCGUGGAGCGCUACCUGGCCAUCUGCUUCCCGCUGCGCGCCAAGGUGGUCAUCACCAAGGGCAAGGUCAAGCUGGUCAUCCUCGGCCUCUGGGCCGUGUCCUUCGCCAGCGCCGGGCCCAUCUUCGUCCUGGUGGGGGUCGAGCACGACAACGGCACCAGCCCGGCCAGCACGGACGAGUGCCGCGCCACCGAGUACGCCAUCCAGUCCGGCCUGCUCACCGUCAUGGUGUGGACGUCCAGCGUCUUCUUCUUCCUGCCCGUCUUCUGCCUGACCGUGCUCUACAGCCUCAUCGGGAGGAAGCUGUGGAGGAGGAAGAGGAAGAACAUGGGGCCCAGCGCCUCGGUCAGGGACAAGAACAACAGGCAGACUGUCAAAAUGUUAGCGGUGGUGGUGUUUGCUUUCAUACUCUGCUGGUUGCCUUUUCAUGUGGACCGAUAUUUGUUUUCCAAAUCUUUUGAGGCUGGAUCCUUGGAGCUGGCUGUAAUUAGCCAGUAUUGCAACUUGGUGUCCUUUGUCCUCUUCUACCUUAGUGCUGCCAUCAACCCUAUUCUGUACAAUAUUAUGUCUAAGAAGUAUCGAGCUGCUGCUUGCCAACUGUUUGGACUCAAACCACUCCCAAAGAAAAGACUCUCUGCUACAAAACAAGAAAGCUCUCGUGCCUGGACAGAAUCUAGCGUUAUUACCUGACAACUGAUUGAAAGUGCUGAAGCAUCCCUUACCAGUCCUGCCCAGAAAGCCAUAAGAAAGGGAAAACAAGCCCAAACUGUUCAAACAAAAGUGUAAUGCGGUAUCUAUUUCAUCAUCAGGGGUUGCUGAAAGUUAUAAUAUAGACAGUUAAAGGUAAGAAAAAGAAUGAGUUGAGCUCUGGGCUUGUACAAGGAGAUUUAUGUUUGCAAAACUCAGCAAUAUUCUCCUACUGCCUUUAUUGCAUUUGGGUUUUUUUUUUGAGGGGGAGAGGGGCUUGCAGACACUGGGCAUGUAUACAUAAGAUGCUUACUGCGCAGUAGCCUAAUAGCACUGUGCAGUAGCGUGCUGGUCAAAAACUGUGCUAAUAAGCUACUGUGCAGCGUUAUUAAGCUACUGCACAGUAACCGUCACAAAAAAACUAUGCCAGUGCUACUGCGCAGUAAAUGUACUUACUGCGCAUCCCGUUACUACUUCAUUAAGGAAGUACUAAACGAAAUGCACAGAAACUAUGGCGCAUUGAUGAACAUGUAGAUGUGCACUGGCGAGGGAUCUAGGCGAUACCAUUGUUAACAGGCAGGAUGCUUCCUCAGUUCACACAACUACCACAAAUAGCUGUGAGCUUUCAGUAGGAGCAAUUUGAGCUGGACUAGAUAACUUCAUGGGGUCCCUUCCAGCCACACUUUCCUAUGAUCCUAAAUUUGAGUAGGAUUUGUCCAGUGGCAACCUUAAUCUGUCAAAAGAAUCAGUGAUCAAGAUCACUGAAAGUUUUGCCUGAUCAGGCCCUUGAGAAAGUUCAAUUCAGUUGUCUGGCGUGGAUGAUAAACAUGGAAUUUGAUGCGCUUUGCCAUAACUUUGAUUGAUUUUAUUCAAAGGGAAAUGAUUUACAAAAGAGGAUGAUUUACCAAACAGGCUGAAAAUCAGCACCUUUCAUAGCAUAUCAAGAAAGAAGGGAAGCAAAAUAGUACCUUAGGUAGAAAUGGAGUUACAGAGCAAUUAGCGCUGAACCGGAAUAUUUUUUAAUGCGUCUGCUAGGGAAGGACACUAUUGAUUUCUGUCACAGUGGUGUUACUCUGAAAAUUAUUACAUGCAAUCUCCCACCAAAGUCAUCUUUUUAUUCUCCUUUAUAGGAGUUUCCCCAUUAGUGCAAAAAGGCAAUUCAUAUCAAAAUUCUUCUGGAGAGAUGGCCACAUUAUUCAUGCUUUCUCAUGCCUUGAGUCUAAGCAACCUGAUGUGUUUGAACUUGAAAGCUACAGUGGUUUCAAUAUGAUAACAAAUCUGUGACCAGCUAGGAUCUUUCCUUUAGGCACUCUGCUGUGCAGCAUGCCGAUCUAGAAGUUGGUCACAACCCUUCUCUCCCAAAAAGCCCAGACCUUUGUCAUACAGAGAAUAUCAUCAGUUUUGUUCAUAAUAAUACAGUGCCUAUGAGACAGUUGCACAGAUCCGAUUCCAGAGAGAGACAUGGCCUGCCUUAAAACUGUGCUAGUUCAUUACACCAUGAAAUCCUGCAUCAGUCUGACUUACUUUCUGGAACAGUUUUAAAGAAUAGGACCUUGGCAUUUCAUCCCAAAACUCCAUUAAUGCACAUAUACACAUGCAGUUUCACACCUAAUCUUUAACACUAUUUAUUUCCAUUAAUUUUUGUAACUCAGGUCUCUUUUUCAAGUACUGUCCAUCUUUUAUGCAUGUCUUAUAUUGUAUCAACAUACAGGUUUUAUCACCCAUCCAAUACAACCUAGGCACAUCCAUGUAAAAUAGUACAUUUCUAUUUAUUAAGUCCUUGUAUUUAUUGCUGGCUGGCCCACAACAUGUUCUAUCUAAUGGAUUAUCUGUUUUGUCCAAAAUUCCUGUAGAUCUGAAAUGCAUCUUGAAGGUAAUGGGCCUUUCCCAUUCUGUUACACGGUCAGUUAAUGGAACUGCUCGUGUAGAACUGGAAUCGGAAUUUGGCCUUUUCUGUAUAUAUUCUACGCUCUAUAUUGCUUCGUUAGGUCUGUAAAGUUAAAAUGGUUUAUUUUAAAUGUGGAACCUGAAUUUAUUUUGUGGCCUGAUAAUGCAUUUGCUGAAGUGAGUGAUCAUAAUGAUGUGUAGGGAUUCAGUGCAAACGUGUAACUGGAGGGACAAAGUCAGCUUGGGUUUAUAAAUAAUUAUUAGAGAUGCAAAAGGUUAGCAAAUUAACAAGGCGACAUCAUUUAAAACUCAGAAGGGAAGCAAGCCUCCAGCUGUCAGACACCAAUAUAAGCUUAAUUUGUCUGAGACAGUAGCACAUAAUUCAGAGACUGCAGUACAGGAGUAUCUCCAACUGGCUCUCUAACAGCAUCUCUGCUUUUUUAUUGUCUUCGUUCUCAUUUAUUCUCUUCAUUUUCUCUUCACCACAUAAACAGGGUUCUGAUUAGAGGUAUCACACAACUCAGGGAAAAAGGAACUUGGGAAUCUAAAAGAGAUAUGUUCUGUAAAGAUAUACGCUCACAAAUGGUGUUACCGGUACUCUGUAUGUGAACGGACCAUGCACCUAAUGUUAAAUGUUUCAAAAGUUAAUUGUGUCUGAACCAUGACCAGAGGUUUUAAUAAAGCUAUGAAAAAAACUUUACAGUUCUGCUGCUUACAUACUUUCUACUGCAUUGCUUUUACAUCCUGGAUAAAAUGUAAUUAUUUUGGGAAUAGUUAAAGUGAUACCAUUUUGC